AUGUUUCAGGCCAAGAUUCUCGUAGUUCCGCUGCUACUGCUAAUUGGGGUUUCAAAGGCUUCCGACGGUGUCGUAGAUAUACCGUUUUUUCGUCUGGAUGAGUCAACGAGCUGCCCUGCCCAUGUUUUUAAUGCUUACAUCAUAAGUCGAGAGCCACUUGUUACUUAUAUAUCUUCCUUUGUUUCCAAUGAGAUCGACCACCUUUUGAAAGCAAGUGAAGACAAUUAUGCGCCCUCAGGUGUUUACAACGGGGUAGAUACGGGUAUAAACGUACAAGAAAGACUUUCUGAGGUCGCAUAUCCUGAAGGUGUGAGCGCCGUCGAAUGCGUUGGAAGGCGUGCUCUCGCUUUCCAAGGUUGGUCACCGUACAUCAGUAUUGAAAAGCUCCAGGUGCAACGCUAUAAGACGGAUGGAAUUUCCAAAUACCACUAUGACUCUUUCGGUAAAGGAUCGAAUGGAAACAGGGUAUCGACCUUCAAUAUAUUCCUCCAUUCAAACUGUACUGGUGGCGGCACCCAUCUCCCCAACCUACGGACGCCCGAGGAGGACCCGGGGUGGUGUGUAUUCAUUGAGUGUGACCUUGACGAGUCUGGGGAAGCGAGGACGGGUAUUACAUUCAAGCCAAUUAGCGGGAAUGCGGUGUUCUGGGAGAAUAUCUGGCCUAAGGGGGAGAGGUAUCAGGAAACACUACACGCCGGUCUGCAGAUCGAGUCUGGUACUAAGAUUGGGUUGAACAUCUGGAGCUGGCAUGGCAUUGGCCUCUCUGAGGCUCGGUUGUGAAUCUGCUGUACGGAGUAGUACGCCUAGACAUUCCAGGUCGGACCAUAUCAGGGCAUCAACGGUAGCUUGAACAGGAUGUGCCUGCUGGCCAUCUGUCUAUGGAGGUGUCUCAGUGGUACUAAUAUCCGGUCAACGAGUUGGUGUAUGCUAGAACUUGCAUCUGUCCGUCAACGAGUUGGUUAUGUACCUGCAUGCUCCUUAGCCGAGUUAUUGAAUAUAUAUGCACGAGCCCUGCUAGAUGUACGACGGUGACAGCAGCGGGAUCAAAAUCUGCCUGCCCCUUGCCC